CGAAACAAUAAAUCUAAAGUCAAUAAUAACAACAAAUUGAAUAAAAAUGGCGCCACUGAAAUCUCUAGAGAAAAGCUACUCCAUUCUCGACUCCAAUUUCCAGUCCUUUUGUGCUUCUCACGCCAUCUUUACUGUCGAAGACUUCCUAAUACAAGACCUUGAUGCGUUGGCUACGUUAGCAGAGCAAGAACCCACCUCCCAGAGAUUGAAGGAGGGCAUCAAUCAAAUCCUUUCUAUUAUAGAUAAGCAGCAACACCAGCCGUGGUUAAAUGGUUUCCAGUUGUUGAAAGAUGCUUUACAAAACAAACAUGUUUUAUCCACCGGAUUUGAUGGGAUUGAUUCACUUCUUGGAGGUGGUGUGAGGGAAGGACAAUUGACAGAAUUGGUUGGGUCCUCUUCAUCUGGUAAAACACAAGUUUGCCUACAAGUAGCUGCAAAUGUUGCGAAACAACAUAUGGGUAGAGUUAUUUUCGUAGAUACAGGUAACUCUUUUUCGCCACGUCGGAUUGAGCAGUUUGUUGGUCGGAUCUCUGGUUCUGCACUUAACCAGAACAUUGUUCAGACGGUGAUGAGCAACAUACUAUGCCACUCUGUGUUUGACAUCUUUUCAAUGUUUGAUGUGCUACAUCAGCUAGAAAUCAGUUUGAGAUCCCAGGGGCACAGCGGAGAUUUUAAGGUGCAAUCGCUAAUUGUUGAUUCAAUCUCAUCACUAAUUACCCCAAUCCUUGGAGGCGGUGGCUCACAGGGACAUGCUCUCAUGACAUCUGCUGGCAUUUUGCUGAAGAAGUUAGCACAUGAGCAUAAUAUUGCAGUACUGGUGACUAAUCAUAUGGUGGCCGGAGAAGGAGGAAACUUUAAACCAGCCCUUGGAGAGAGUUGGAAGAGCAUUCCUCAUGUGAGGCUUCUGCUCUCCCGUGAUCAGGGAAAGAAUGUUUGCAACGUUACUAUACUGAAGCACCCUUCCCAAGCUUCUGGUAAGGCAGCAAGAUUUACAGUCGAUGACUAAUUACACUAAUGAUUUGUGACUUAGUAGUAUAGAAGAAGGGAAUUAGAAAUAAUGCAAUGUAUUUAUGAUGAAACUGAGUCCAAGAGAGUCUAGGAUGACUGCACAUGUAAAAAAACCUUUUCCUUGCUAUAAUAUUGAACAUAUUAGAGAUA